CUUUUCGUCAAACAGCCGCUACGCAUAACGCAUAAAAUUUGCAGCAGUCAGUAGGGAGAAUUCAAAGAAAACGCUUGCGUUUGCGUGGCUGUAGAAGGAAUAUAGAUUUUCCCUACAUAUUUCCAACCAUAAGUAAACGAGGUUUGCCAUGUGAACAUUUUCUAAAUCCCGAAUCAGAGUUUUUAAGUUUGAGUGUACAUUUUUUCGAGCAUGUUUUUUCACAAGAACUUUAUCGUGAUCGUGUUUUUGUGUAUUUGGUCUUUAGGGUGUGGAGAUGAGAAUAUUUUGGAACGGAAUAGGGAAAAUACUGCAAAGCAGCAUCCUGAACUGUCAAAAUUAGUUAAAAAUUGGGCAACAAAACUUGGAGGAGAAUUAUGGCACUUUGGCGACCUUGUAACUCGACAAAAUAGAGUAAGAGACAGCUUCAAAGAAACAAAUUUGGUAGUUGAAGAUGGAGAAGCCUUACUUCAAACUAUCCAUGAAAAUAUUUCCCACAUGAUGAAACAGAAAGUUGAUGCAGUAAGGAGAAUAAUGGAUCAAGCAGAACAAAUUGCUCAAGCUCAAAAAGAAACCGAUAUUGACUUCAAUUUUCCAUUUUUCAAUGCCAAAAAUUUGACCAACUCUCUGGAUAAUACUACUGAAGAAACUACAAAAGAACCUGAACCUGAAGAACUUCAGGAUGAUUCAUUUAUAUCUAGUCGUUAUCAAGAUCAGCAAGAUCAGCCCUAUAGUCAACCAUUACUCCAACAGGAAGAUUUUGAUGGAUAUCAAAGAGAUGAAGAUACGGAAUCAUCUGAGGAGCCUUCUUCUAAAGAUGAAGAUUUACUUGAUGCAGAUUUAGAGGUGACUGAUAAUACAGAAAAAGAUCCCCAAGCUAUUUUAAAUAAAGCACCGAUAGAUAAGUCCAAAUUGCCAUUAAUUAGAAAUAGAAAUUUCUACGAUAUUCCUGUUAAUAUGAAUGUUAGUGCCGUCCAUGUACCUAGUAACGUAUAUGAAAGAGCCAAAGAAGUGAUUGCUGGUAUUAAAUGGUCAGAAGAAUUGGAUAAAACAUUUAAAUCUAACUAUGAAGUAGAUCCAACUUUAUCGUGGCAGUAUUUUGGAAGCUCUACUGGAUUUAUGAGACAAUAUCCUGCAAUGAUUUGGUCUCAAGAACCGAUAGAUCUCUUUGACUGUCGUACAAGAUCGUGGUAUAUUGAAGCAGCAUCAUCCCCAAAAGAUGUAGUCAUUUUAGUGGAUAGAUCUGGAUCUAUGACUGGAAUGAGAAGAGAAAUUGCACGACAUGUUGUGCAUAAUGUCCUGGACACUCUUGGAAACAAUGAUUAUGUGAAUAUCUAUACUUUUAGUAAUACCACUGAACCAUUAGUUGAAUGCUUCGAGGGACAGCUUGUUCAGGCAAAUUUAGCGAAUGUACGGGUGCUCAAGGAAAGUAUGACCAAUUUUAAAACAGAACAGAUUGCAAACUUUUCUUUGGCUUUAGUGACAGCUUUCGAAUUACUUGAAGAAUAUAGACUAAAUAAAAAGAGCGCUAGAUGUAAUCAAGCCAUAAUGCUUGUCACAGAUGGCGUCCAGUAUAACUACAAAGAAAUUUUUGAGAAAUAUAAUUGGGAAAAUUUACCAUUUAUGAAUGUUAGAGUUUUUACAUAUCUCAUAGGAAGGGAAGUCUCAGAUGUUAGGGAAGUCAAAUGGAUGGCCUGCGCAAAUCAAGGUUAUUACGUGCAUCUAAGUACCUAUGCUGAAGUACGAGAAGAAGUACUCAACUAUAUCCCAGUAAUGGCACGACCAAUGGUUCUAAAUCCGACACAAAAACCCAAUCCCACCUGGAGUCCUGUCUACGCUGACGUCACUGACCCAAAACUAACGAAUUGGCUUUGGGUUAAUCGAGAAAGAAAUAGGCAAAGAGAACGGUUCAUGGGAUAUAGGAAGCUAAAGCAUUUGCUUUCUGCAGCCCACCUCGAUAGAACAUUUGUACAUCAGCAGAAAUUGCAUCAAGAUAAUUAUGGCGAUACUCAAGUCUACCAUCUCAUGACGUCAGUUUCACUACCAGUAUACGAUAAAAAACCUCGACAGAAUAUAACCGAAAAUAUCCAAAUCAACGAAGCCAUAUGGAUCGAGGUGACGCGAGAGGAAAGAGUUGCGAACUUAUUGGGAGUGGCUGGUACGGAUAUUCCCAUUGAAUACAUCCAGAGACUUAUGAUUCCAUACAGGCUCGGGGUGAAUGGUUAUGCCUUUAUCGUAACCAAUAAUGGUUACGUGUUAACGCAUCCAGAUCUUAGGCCGGUGUAUCAAGGAAUAUUGAAACCGGCCUACAACAGAGUCGAUAUGAUUGAAAUUGAAAUUAUAAAUGAUGACUCUGACGCUAGAAAUUUUAGCGAUAAAAUUCGUGAUUUUAGAAGGCACGUUGUAAUGCAAAAUACCGGAAAUAUUACUUUGGAUGUGAAAAGUCAUUUGGACGACAUGAGACGCAUUACGUUUAUGACCAGAGACUAUUUCUAUAGAGGUAUAAAUGGUACACCUUUCAGUCUUGUCAUAUCACUUCCAAAGAAAUAUGGUUAUGCUCGAGUUGAGCCCAAAGUUGAAAACGACAUUCAUCGUUUAACUUUGUCUCAACCGCCCGAUAAAAAACCACUUUUGCGGUAUUUUGCUGGCAAUUGGACUAUUCACCCUGACUGGCAUUAUUGUCGAUACCGAGACAAUAAGAAACAUUUUGAUAACCCCGAAGAAGAGUUGGUCUUCUUUCUUCAAAUGAUGGAGAGACAUGGUUGGAAAUGGUCUAAGGAAUCUGAGUGUGACAGAAAAUUGGUUUGCCAGGUGGUAUCCGAUGCCAAGUUAACUGAUUGGUUUAACGAUAAUAUCACCACCACCAGUAGAGAAGAAAAUGGGGAUGGAGGUAAAGAUGGAUAUGAAUUCAAGGAAAUCUUAGAUUUUUUUGAGUUGUGCAAAUGUUGCAAGUGCUCAUGUAAUAAUUCUUUUACAUGCAGAGCGGAACUGGUGAAAAAGAUUGGAAUCGUGGUGGCGUUUAUGGCUACGCACAGUGGUCUCACCAGGUGGCAGAACUUCCCACAAAAUAUUGAAUCUCCAGAACAGGAACCAAACUUUCACAUUCUUCACAAUAAAGCUAUUGAUGAAGUUUGGUACCGACGUGCUGUUGAACAUCACUAUGUGGAUCCUCAAGACUUCAUCUACUCCGUUCCUCAUUACACAGGAAACUCCAGUUUAAGCCUGGUUACCGUUAGUCGAGCCAUUUUUAAAGAAGAACAAGGAAAGAAGGCUCCAGUCGCAGUGGUUGGUUACCAAUUCUUCCAUGGAGCACUGCAAUCCCUUUUUACUCAAAUCACUAGUAAUUGUGGUACCAUCCCAUGUACAAGAACAUGUUCUUCCCAAGAACUUCACUGUUUAGUCCUCGACGACAACGGUUAUGUAGUCGUUAGUGACAAUCCUAAAGAAACCGGCUACUUCUUCGGAAAAAUCAUGCCUGACGUAAUGAAUCAGCUAAUAGACGAAAAAAUCUAUAAAGUAACUACGAUGUACGAUUAUCAAGGAUUAUGUGCCGAAGGACAAGAAACAGAAAGUCCUGCUUCCAGAUUAUUAUCGCCAAUUGUCCAUAUUGCCAACCUAUUCAGCUACUUAGCUGGGUAUCUGAUUUUCCUCACCAAAUCCAUCCUGGGCUCCCAAAUCGAAGCUUACCCUUCAGAGCACUUCCAAGAAACCCACUUCGAGGUUAUGGAUGAACACGAAUACGCAGCUCAUAAUCAUGAAAACGACCAAUACGAAGAAUCGGAAAUGCCUUUAAGUGAUAAGGAAUUUGUUCAAAAAUUUGCUUUGCAAAUGACAAAACCUGAACCGUGUGAUACCCAAAUGGCAUUAUAUUCUUUGAUUCAUUAUUCGGAUAGAGAUAUAGCAGGCAGCGCCUAUAAUAGGACAAUGGUGGAAUGUUCAAGACCUUACAUUGUCCAAAAAAUAUCUGGCAGCAAUAUGAUAUUAUUGGUAGUAAACAAUGUUUGCUCAGGAGAACCGAAGACUACCAUAGAUACUCCUGAUCCUAUAGAAGUGGAUUAUAAUAUGUCAUUAGCUUGUUAUAGAGCUAUGUAUAACGAUUUUCCCAGAAGACACUACAUGAGUUGCAUUAAUAGAAAUGCAAAUGAGAGCGAAAUCAAAAUAUGUGGAGAAGGUUCAUACAUAUCACCAACAAAAAUUGUACCCAUGUUAUUAUUUACUAUUUUAUCAUACAUUUUGGUAUUAUAAUAGUAUUAGUUUAUAUGAAUUGUAGGUUAGGAAAUUUUUCUAACAUCUGUGAUAAAUUAAAUAUUCUUAAGAUUAUUAGGUACCUAUCAAUUCUAAAACACAUGUAUUUUAUUUGCAGAGCAUUUAGUAUCUUGUUGUUUCGUUGAAAUGUAAUUUUAUCAUUUUGUUGUGAUAUUACUGUUAUUUAUUUAUUGCAUAUUUUAUGUAAAUUAGAUAAGUAAAAGACCAUUUACAUACUA